GGGGGGGCUUCGCAGUCAUCCCCUCACGGCCUUCAGGAACCCUCUCCCCGCGCAUGCGCUCACGCUUUCGUCAACUGAUCUGACCAACUAACCGAAUAACGGCUGCAACCAUAAUAGGACAUGGACGCCGCCUCGCCUCGCCUCGCCUCGCCUCGCGGGAUGCGGAGAUGAUGCACAAGAGUCACGGACUUCUGCACGUAAACGCGGAGGGGCGGGGCCUCGUUACGGCAUCCCAGCAUCCUAGUUUUUCAUAGGCUGAUGGAGUAGGAGAAAAAAAAUAAUAAAAACAACUACGUGCGGUUACGUGCGGUUCUCCUCGCUGCUCGUGUAUGACACGAAUCAAAAGAGGAACGGAGGAGUCACUGCUGCGAAAACCGAGCGCUGCAGCUCACCGAGGGUUUUCUUUGUCACGACAGCUCUGAGCGGCGGCGGGCGGGUCCUGCGAAGCUUUUAACCGCCACCUGAAGAUAUCAGCUCCUCUCCGCAGAUCUCAUCUGCAGCAGCUAAAACCAGUCCCCGGCCAUCAUCCAACUUGAACUCAGAAGAUGGAGGGACAGGAAAAGCAGGUAACAGGUUACCUCCUGUUCUCCCUGGCUACUGCUGUCAUCGGCUCUCUGCAGUUUGGUUACAACACAGGAGUCAUCAAUGCUCCCGAGCAGAAACUGCGAUCUUUCUUCAAUGAUACCUGGAUGGAGCGUUAUGGUGAGCCCAUCAGUCCGGGGGUCUGCACCAUCGUCUGGAGCGUUGCUGUUGCCAUCUUUAGUGUGGGUGGUAUGGUGGGCUCCUUCAGCGUGGGUGUCAUGGCGGACCGAUUUGGCAGACGUCGCUCCAUGUUCCUGGUGAACUCUCUGGCGGUGAUCGGCGGCCUCCUCAUGGGCUUCUCCACCAUGUGCUCCUCCUAUGAGAUGGUGAUUGCUGGUCGUCUGGUCAUCGGUCUGUUCUGUGGUCUCUUUACCGGCCUGACUCCCAUGUACGUGGGUGAGGUGUCACCCACUCCCCUCAGAGGAGCCUUUGGUACCCUGCACCAGCUCGGUGUGGUGGUGGGAAUCCUCAUCGCUCAGAUCUUUGGUCUGGAGGCUCUGCUGGGCUCUGACAAACUGUGGCCCCUGCUGCUGGCCCUCACUGUGGCCCCUGCUGUGCUGCAGUGCAUCCUGCUGCCCUUCUGUCCUGAGAGCCCCCGUUUCCUGCUCAUCAACCUCAAACAGGAGGAGCAGGCACGCAAAGCUCUGGUGCGUCUGCGCGGCACUGAGGAUGUCUCUAAAGACCUGCAGGAGAUGAAGGAAGAGAGUGCGAAGAUGGCCAUGGAGAAGAAGGUGACCAUCCCCGAGCUUUUCCGCUCGGCGGCGUAUCGACAGCCCCUCCUCAUCGCCGUCAUGCUGCAGCUCUCCCAGCAGCUGUCGGGGAUCAACGCUGUGUUCUACUACUCCACAGGGAUCUUUAGCACAGCUGGUGUGAAGCAGCCCAUCUACGCCACCAUCGGAGCCGGCAUCGUCAACACCAUCUUCACUGUCGUCUCUCUCUUCCUGGUGGAGAAGGCUGGACGAAGGACUCUGCACCUCGUGGGGUUGGGGGGAAUGGCGGUCAGCGCUCUGCUCAUGACCAUCUCCCUCCUGCUGAAGGACAUUGCUGCCAUGAGCUACGUGGCCAUCAUGGCUGUCAUGCUGUUUGUGGCUAUGUUUGAGCUGGGCCCCGGUCCAAUCCCAUGGUUCAUUGUGGCCGAGCUGUUCUCCCAGGGGCCCCGCCCGGCGGCCAUGGCUGUGGCCGGCUGCUGCAAUUGGACAGCCAACUUCCUGGUUGGAAUGAGCUUCCCCAAACUAGUGGAAUUGUGCGGGCCAUGGGUCUUCCUCAUCUUCACCGCCUUCCUCAUCAUCUUCUUCAUCUUCACCUUCAUUAAAGUCCCGGAGACGAAGGGCAAGACCUUCGAUGAGAUCGCCCGUAGCUUCGGUGGCGCCCAGCCUCCCGCCCUCUCAGGUGUCGAGGACUUUCCUGCCAGCGCCAGCGUCGACACAACGCCUCCCACCUGGCCGGUGAAAGAGAAGGUCCCGCUGGUGGAGGCGCCAGCUGCAGCCCCGCCUCCUGCAGCCCUGCCUGCUGCAGCUGAAACCACACCUCUGGAGGAUAAAUCCAACUCGACAGUACAGGAGAGUGUGUAGAGCAGCUGGAGAUACAGCUUUAAUGAGUGAAGGAGGUUAUAAAGGAAGGAAGAAUCACAGAGGUUUCAAAAAUGCUGUAAAUUGUAGUUAAUUGUCACACCUUGAAAUAAUAGGAACUACAGUAUAUAAUUUUAUAAUAGACCUACUGACAACAGCAUUAUCAAUUCAUAGGCUUUGACCUUCAAAAAGUCAUGCUUUCUGCUUCCACUUGGACUUAUUUUUCCUACACUUCCUUCCUUUAAAUCCUCCCUUCCUUUACUGUGAAAGGGAAUCAGUCAAUGUACAACACUACAGCUUAAAUCUACUGUACAUUUCUAGGAAUUCAGCUACACUCAUUUAAAGGAUGAGUCUUUAUCAAGACAGCUGUGUGUCUAGUCAAGACAACACACUUUUUUUCCAACACGCCAACACAGGCAGUGUGAGGUGAAGGUCCAGGUGAAAUGUCCAUCGUUACAGACUAGAGGCAAAGUGUGUUGACAAUGACGCAGCCUUUGUGCAGGUGUGCAGGUGUUUCCAGACAUGUCAACUCCGUUAACCCAUUAACUUCUGAGUUCAGGUCCAUGUAGUGUGAGCGAGGUGACAUGGAUAAUGACGAUGCACAUUUUUUUAGGUUCACAUAUUCCUGUUUUAAAAGGCGUUGUAGUUGAUAUUGUAGUGCAAUAUAACUUUGUAGCUGUAGAUCUAGUAAUAUUUAAUUAUGUUCUAUCUGUUCAUUCCAGCCAUGUUCUAAAGAAGUGUUCUCAAAUCACAGGUCAAAGAAGGGAUUUCUUUUUAAUUCAUGCUCUGCCUUUAGCUGUUGAUUAUCAGCUGACAAACUGGAGAGCUUUUUAGCAAUGCCAAAGUACUGAACCUGAUGAACACAUGUGACCUCAAAUGUGUUUCCUCUGCUUGUUAGAUUCAUUGCGGGGAAUUAGCAGCAGCCACAGGCCCUGCUUAGUUUAUUACCUUCAUUAAUUCUGAAGCUAAUUUGGUGUUUAAGUCUGGAAUCCACGAGUAUUUAACUUUAUUUAGUUAGAUGCUGUGAUGUUGUCCUCCUUGCCCCCAGAUUUUCACUUGAUGACAGUGUUGCGUUCUACUAUUAUUUAAAAAAAACCCUUUGCUCUUCACCAGAGAAUUUGUUUAAGAAAAACAGAUUUCAUGAACUGGUAAAAUCACGACAGUGGCCUGUGGAAAAAAAACACAUUGGCUGAGUUGUUUUACACAAGUAGAUCACAGUAGGGUAAUGUGCAAUGUAUAUUUUUUGUUGAAGAGAGUAUUUAUUACAUUAGAAAUUAUUAGAAGUUGAUUUUUGUAUAAAUAUAUAUAAUAGAUAAUAGUCAAAUUUGGAAUCAUGAUGCUUUCCAAACCAGCUGAACUGAAAAGUUGGAUGAGUCUGUAGCGAGUUGAACAUCACUUGAACUGCAGCUCAGAGAUUUGGUCAAACACUGUAAAUCUCAUUUGUUGCUUUCUAUUUAGAUGCACUUUGUUAGAUAAGCAGCAAAGCGAGCACUAGAGCCACAAUCACUAAUAUAGAAGUCAUUGAGCACAACAGCGCUUUAUGUCAAAUUAACAGACUUUCAGAUAAUAAUUCCAAACUGUAUCUACUGGAGCAAUUGUGUAUAUCUGGCCAAGCUGGUAUUAGAAUAGAUAAGAGUUGUAUAAAAUGUGCAAUCAAUGUAGAAUCUUCAGCCUAAACAAUGUAGGAGCUCAUAAUGGGUGGAGGUGACUAAAGGGAAAGUGCUAAUACUGUAUAAACAACGGGUAAACAUCUUAGUGGAGGACCGAGUGUCUUGAAUCAUUCCUGUUGUUUAACAUGAUGUUAUUGUUUGUUAAAAUAAGUAACCUGGUUAAUUAAUCUAUUUUUGAAAUUAUUGUUAUUUCAUAUUUUCACAGUGUCAGAGUUUGCUGCUGUGACUGCUCAGCUGUGUUGCCCUUAAGUAAAUUAUUUUACAUAACAAACAGAUUAUUGCUGCCUCCAGAGCUGUGCAGAGACAUUGUUUCUGAACCAGAAAAACUAUUUGCUGACAAGUCAAGGUUACAUUUUUCCUGACAAUGGAUGGAUGUGCAUAACAUUUUGGAGUAAUUGACAGAUUACUAUUACUAUUAUUAACUUGUCCCAUGUGUUUCACAGUGACAUGACAUGUCGUGACCCAGCAUGAGGACUGUGUUCAGAUGCUUUAAAAAUCUGUUUUAUGACUCUUAAAGCCUAAACACAUUGAAAGCACCUUUAGACAAGUCAUUACAGAGAGUAACAUAAUUUUAUUGCAUAGCCUCCUAAAUAUUCAGCUGCCGCUACAUUCAAAUGCUCAGUGAACUUUUCAAUCCUGCCAGUUUCAUGCACCAGUAGUAGUUCUAAAUGAUAAAAUCUAAAGUGGAGCUGUAAUGGUUGGCUGCAAUGUCUAGAAAACUCUAUAUUCCAACAUGGAAAUACAUAUUUAGAUAAUGAUAAAAUUGAUAAAACGUUUCCUCCUUCAUAUACCACAAAAACGUUAUUGUUUUUGUGUUUGGUUUUGGAAACCAGAGCGUUUCACUGUGUUUCUGGCUUUAUUUGUGGAGUCCAGACACUGUCUGUGUUGUGACGCUUCGUCUGAAAAGUCAGCUGUGUGUAGCAUUGUUCCUUAACAGGUUUAUGUAUUACCAACAUUGUACAGUAUGUGUGGUGUAUAAAUGUGCGACACAAAGUAUAUUUUCUAUAUUCUGUCUGUGAUUGCUUGGAUUAUUGUAGUUGAUAAAGCUAUUUUCACCCAUGCUGCAAUUUAAGAACAUAUUUAUUUAUUUAUAUAUUAUUUAUCUUUUGGCUACCCUGGAAAAAUACUUAUCUUGACAAGAAAUUUAAGGAAUUUAUCCUAAAGUGUAAGAUUUGAUUCUGACAUUUUUCACUUGUUUUGAGAAAUGUAAGCCCGUAAGACUCACCUGAUGCGACUUGUUAAGAUGAAUAUUUCGUUGAUUAUGGUCGGAGUCAUGGCUUCGUUGUGUAUUGCUGUAUUUGUGGAUGAUAGUGACGUACUGUGUUUGCACUGAAGGAGGUGUGUGGUACACUCCUCGCAUGGUGGUGUUCAGUGUUGUAUUGAACCUCUCCUGUAAUGCUUCUGUCUGUGGCUACACUCACACUGCUCCUUCAGUAUGGCACUAACACUGAACUUUACCCACCCUGAGUCGAAUACGGAUUUCAAAUGCUUUCCAUUACUCAGCCCAGUUGGGUUUGAAUUUUUGUGAUGUCACAGUUCAAAUACUGCCGAAAACUGUGCUCAUCUCUAAAUUUUAUCUUUGAGUCUUGAGGUGAAAUGAAGGAAUCUGAGAGCAAAAGAAGUCUGAGAAUUGUAUUGAAAAUUGAGUUUAAUGGAGUCUGAUGUUUGUUUGAUGAAGUUAUGAAUUUUGGUGCAGGCCUGUGGCCGGUGCUGGGCUGUAGUCAUACCUACCUACACCAUUGUGGAAAAAAUACAGUGAUUUGCUGGCAGGUAAAUUUGCCCAUUGAGAAGUGAAGCAGGGAUUACAGAUUAAACUAAAACACUCACCUGCAGCCUUGUUGUUCAUUAUCUAUCAGUCAAAACAAAUCCAAACAUUUGACUGUGUUUUACUGAAGUAAUAAAGUAAAUAAUCCAGAUGUCAGUGUUUGACAUGACUGCACCCUGUCUAACUGCACGUAAAACAAAGUAUGUGAAAGGAUUUGAAACCACUAUGUGGACCCAGGUGAACACUGCUCUUAACCAUAGCCAGCUACAUUAUGCACAUGUACCAACUCCAAAACCUUCCACUCACUGUACAGAGAUAGGAGAGUAUGAGUAUUAAUUUGUAAAUAUGUAUUUUUUAAAAGAGUACUAUUUAUAUGUUGAGUUGCACAGUCAUAGUCAUAUAUUUCUUUUGGGGUGCGCAUGUUCAUUGUGUAGAGGAGAGGAACAGACUGUAGCUGAUUUUAGAUUAAAAAUCUGUUUUUACACUUUUACACAUUAAAUCAUUCCUUAGCACAUUUAGUUCCUCCUGUGUGUAAAUCACUGACCAGCACUGCUGUCCUUCCUCUCAUGUCUUCCUCAUCACUCAGUCACAGCCAUGUAUUUUUGGUAUCUGUUUGCCUAAUCAGAUAACACUCAGAGCUGAUGAUAGUAGUUGAGUUUUGUAAGGUUUUUGGCGGCCAUAUUGUUGUCAUUUUUCUGCAUUCUAAAAAUUCUUGACCAAUAAUGAUGUUGCCAUGGUGACUGCUGCCAACAUUCUAAAAGUCAGUUACUUUUGAGUCAUGUUACCUAGCAACAUUCCAGAAGUAAAAUUCCAAGCUGUUAUGUUUUCACAAGGAAAUUUUUACCCAACAACAGCUGAUGUUUUUACCUUUAACUGAGAAAAGGAUUCAAUUAUAAGACCAAGAACAGCACCUUCUUCAGCUGAAUAUGGAAGCAAUCUGCAACAUGUCCAAACUAGUGUUUAUUAAACCAGUGGCUCUGAAAUGAAUCAUGUAGUGUCAUGGACUCUAAUCUAACUCAAAGUAAAAUCAGCAUGCCGUGGCUGCUGUGAUCCUUGUUUUGUCUGUUUUUCUCUGGUUUGUUUGGUCCUAACCUGUGUGUUGUUGCUGUGUAAAUAAAUGUACUGACUCUAUGUUUGGGUAUCAUGUAUUGUAAGUCUGCUUUUUGUGCCUCUCUACACCUCACACAUACAUAGACUAUUAUUGUACGUGUUUGUAAGAAGGCUUCCUUUCACUUCUGUAGGUGAAGUGUGUCUGAAAACACUCCAACAUUCACUCAUUCAUUCAAUAGUACACACUCCACACGGUGCUUUGACAGCAUUGCAUUGUAGGAUAUUUAGCCUGAAGUAACAGAAAAUACUGUUCUUAAAUUUUACAUCUAAUGGCAGAUAGUGAAUGUAGUGCAGUGAUGAGUGAUUUCAGACACAUUCAGCAGCCAAAGGUUAAGUCAAAUGGUAUUUUAAGGAGUUUGGGGAUUGCGAUGUCACUGUUGAUGGGUUUUGGGGAGUCAACUACAACUUUGUUUCUUUAAUGUGAAUGAAACCUGGAAGUGUGGAUAUUCAGGCUAUUUAACACUGUCUUGUUAAUGUGCCACACUAGUGAUGCACCCCAACUGUUUCUUUUCACUUGUGUUUGUAUUGUAUAUAUCAAAUAUGAUGCUGUUAAAUAAAAUACUCAUCAUGUAACAAGA